AUGCUGCGAAGCGUGUUUGUGGAGCUAGAAAAAGGGCGAAGAAACAUCAUAAGCUACAGGCCAAAUGCGCACAGUUUCUUUUCUUUUGCCUCUACGCUGACUUUCUUCUCGGUGAUUCUUGGGAUAAAGUGGGUUAUUUUAAUAUACGCUCUCUACUACAUGACCGCCUGCAAGAAGAUUACGCUGUACUACCAGCCCACGCCUGGGAAUGUGCAAAUAGUUUCAAAGCUGAAGGGUUUGGAGCGAGUCUUUUAUCCGCACAUUCUGUGGAUGCUUCCCCAGAUACAGACAGUCGCAUACUUUGUGAGGACUCCCCUGCCCCACAAGCACACGCAAGUUGUGAUACCUCAGGACGACGGAGGGGCUUUUGACAUCAACGUGUACGAACCUGAAAAGAUGGCAAAUCACACGGUUAUCACGCUUCACGGGCUGGGAGGAUCCUCCAACUCCAAGAAUGUGCGGAUACUUGCCUCGCACCUUCUGAAGGAGGGUCACCGCGUGGUCUGCCUGAGUGCUCGGGGGACUACGUGCAAGCUGAAAACUCCCGUCUUCUUCCACAUCGGAUGGACGAAAGACCUUGUUUCCACGUUCAAGCACGUUCUAAAGACGUAUCCCGGGAGUGUCUCUGGGAUUGGCUUUAGCCUGGGGGGGCACUGGCUGACGAAAACAUUCGGGGAGAUGGAGACGCACUUCUCGGAGGAGGAGAUCUCCCGAAUAAAGGGCGGAAUGGCAAUAUCAAUUCCGUUUGACUUUGUGAAAAUAUCCGAGUAUAUGAAAAAGCCUAUCCCGAAGAGGCUGUACAACAGAGAAUUUGCACGGAAAAUUCACCGGUUUAUCCGCAGGAAUAGGGAGGUGUACGAGAGCAACGGGUACCCUGUGGAUGAAUUGCUGCGCCUAAAUACGAUGCACGACCUGGAUAUGGCACUUACUUCCCGGGUCUUUAACAUUGCAGACCUGGAGGAGUACUAUUAUAGAGAGUCCUGUGUGCGUGUUAUUGGGAAUAUACGGAAGCCCUUCCUCAUACUGAACUCACGGGAUGAUCCGAUUGUUCCAGAGUAUACGAUUCCGAUAAAAGAGUGUGUGCAAAGCAACCACGUAAUACUCGCUCUAACGGAAAGAGGGGGGCAUAUGGGCUUCCUAGGGUACUCCAACAAGAUAAGCUAUGCGGAGGAGGCUGCAAUUGAGUUUGUGUCCGUCCUGAGCGAACUUUCCGAGUAG